CAGCAGCAGCAGCGGCGGCGGCAGCAGCAGUGUGUUAACCAAAAGGGGACAAAGCCUCAAACAGCAAGAGCAGGAUGGCUAUCCCUGCAAUGUUGGGGAUUUAGCUUUAUAGUCACCUUUAGGCUCCUAGCAUUUAAGACAAAAGGGGCUCAGCUCUUGGGCUUUCACAAUAGAAGACAGCAGCUCCAAAUGAGUUUACCUGCAGUGACAGCACAGAAAUCAGACGGCAACAACAACAACAGUGAGAUGCAAUCAGCUGCAGUGGCUCCCUCCUUCAUCCCCAGCCAGGCGGGGAAGAUACCGGGCAGGAAGAGAGGGAGACCCCCGCUCCGCAAUGUCGCCAAGAUGGAUUUUCCAAACCGCUACCCUGAGUCCCUCCCUCCGCUCAAAGUGCCAAAGAAGAGGGGGAGAAAGCCAGGCUUCAAGCUCAAACCAAGGAUGGUGAUGACACCAUUGGCUAUAUCUCCACCCAGCAGCACCCCUGAGCCCGAUAUGAGCUCCAUUCCUCAGGAUGCAGCCACCAUCCCCCACUCUGCCACGCCCCAGGUGCUCACAGUCUGUAUCUACAUCAACAAGCAGGCCAACACAGGCCCCAACCUGGACAGGAAGAAGAUCCAGCAGCUUCCCGAUCACUUCGGACCCGAUCGACCCUCUGUGGUUCUCCAGCAGGCCGUCCAAGGCUGCAUCGACAGCGCCUUCCAGCAGAAAACAGUCUUCACCCUCCUCACGCAAGGCUACGGGGGAGAAAAAAUAUCAGCCACAUUUGAUGGGAAGCAGCACCUUCUCAGCCUCCCUGUGGUGAACAGCAUCGACUAUGUGCUCCGCUUUCUGAAGAAACUCUGUCGCAGCUUGCACUGUGAAAACCUCUUCAGUGAUCAGCCCAUUACCCAGCACAGUGGUGGCUCCUACCAGUCAGAUGCUGAAACAGAAGACUACCAAUUAGAUCAGUCGGACGGUAAACGCUACUCUGUGGAUCCCGGCGAUUCUGCUUUCAGCUCAAUCGGCUCGUCGUACUCACCAAAGUCCUCCUACGGGUUUCGUUCCCAGCAGCAGUUCUCCAAUGGCUCGGCCUCCAUGAGCAUGUGCCGGCAGUCAUCCAACAGCCCAAACACAUUUCCAGAAAGCAACCGGACAGGAGGUUAUAAUGCAUCUUCAGAGCUCCAGGAGUCCAAAGCUCCACCCAAUAAAGACCCCUCCACCUGGUCUGUGGAAGACGUUGUCUGGUUCAUCAGGGAUGCAGACCCCCAUGCUCUCGGCCCCCAUGCAGACAUCUUUAGGAAACAUGAGAUCGAUGGAAACGCCUUGUUACUCCUGAAGAGCGACAUGAUCAUGAAGUACCUUGGACUGAAACUUGGGCCGGCAUUGAAGCUUUGCUACCACAUUGACAAACUAAAGCAGACUAAGUUCUGAAAACUUAGGAAAUAUUUGUCCUCUUCAAUCUAACGGUACUUUCCAAAAGGGUUUUAUCUUGGACUCCAUGUGUGUGAGCCAAUGCAAAGAGACUAGAGUCUGUUAGCAUGAGGUGCAUAUCUUUAUGGUAAGAAUCAUCACUUUCUUUAAGCUGCAAAAGUAUAAAAGAAAACAAAGAGUUUUACAGUUAAUUUAACUAAUUUAUGUGUGAAAUGCAAGGGUAACAGUUCAGUGUGAAAUAACACAUUUCUUAAGGUAAAUUUGCAUCAUAUUCUUUUACAGAUAAACCUAAGUAAACCUCUUUAUGUUAACCUGCAAUCAUUUUGGCCGCAUGCCCAGAAUUACAUAUUAUAACACUGUUUUUUUAUUUACACAUGCAGCAGUUUAGUUGAAACAUUAUCAUUCAUUUGGAGUCUUUUUUGUGUCCUAUUGAUGAAUGUAACUGCGAUAUUAACCCUCUCUAAGCUCCAAACUGCAUUCAAUCUUUUCCCAUUGCCUCACAAACCUGGAGUCCGAAGUUCAACCCUCUUGGUACACUUUUCUGAAGAUUUCUGUGAUGUCAUGAAGUGAUAACAAAACUCUCUUUUUCUCUUCUCUUACAUGCUCACUCUACUUUUUGGCACAGAUUUUAAACAAAAGAAACAUCAGAUUGUAGACAGCAUCCUACACAUACAUGUUAACAUCAUGUAAUACGUAAAAGGCCAGUGUCAGAAGAUUUUUUUGUCUCACAAACCUUUGUGAGCAGCACAUACGUCUGCUACAUGCAGAUUUCCAAUUAUAUACGUCAUCAUCUGACCAGAAAUGUAUAACAGAAAACACUUUAUACCUUAAGAAACACUCACUUUGUCAAUGCUCAGCAUAAGAUCUUGUUUACUCGUGUUUACCAAGCUGAAAACAUAUCUAUACCUGUACUGAAAUAUGGUGCAUAAACUACAGCAUUGCUUUUUAAUUAAAAGAUUUAGAAAUCAUUUUGAUACUAUUUUUCACAUUACUGUGUAACAAAAAAAAGUAAUGUUCCCAUUGGAUUUUUCAUUCUUUUUUAUUAUAAUUUUAAUAUUUAAAAACAAUAUAACCUUAAGAAAACAUAGUCUACAUAGACAGGCAGUCGCUCUCUUCUUACGAUAUAUAAAGCAAAAGAGAGUAUUGUGAACGUUAACAAUAUACUAAUGUUUCAAUAUGCAAGAUUAAUAAAUUCCCAUUAUCUCCAGAGGCUCUUCAUGUAUAUUCAAACAAACACGUCUUUUUAAUUGAUGUUUUUAUGUUUUUAUCAGUGUUAAAACAGAAAUUCUCAAAACACAAAACACCUAAAUGUUACAUGAAGGAAACCCGAACCGUAAUGUAAAUGGGUAUAUAACAUAAAACUGCUUUUGUAUACCACUUUAGGUGUACAGUAUGCAUCCUUUUUUAAUCAAUUAACCUUUGUAAGUGAAUGCUGCUGUUAAGAUACAUGUAAGCCAUGCCUAGUGAGAUCAAGCUACGGUGUUUUAUUUUGAAUAUCACUAUGAAUAAGAGUUUUAGAGACAGCUGAGCCAAUCAGUCCUCUAUGCUGGUGCUAAAGUUAUCUAUGUAUUCAACUGUUUGCCUUUGUGUUUGUGAAAUGUAAAGGAUAUGUGUAUACUGUACUGUAUGUGAGCAUUAAAUUAAGAAAUCAAGUAAUCAGAGA